UUGAUUAGAUAAAACUGGUAAUAAAACGUCAGUCAUGUUGACAAAGUCAAGGCUGAUCAUUGGCAAUUUUUUCAACUCGAGGAAUAUGACAACACAAUGCCAGAGGCUCAAAGGCAAAGUGGCUGUUGUCACUGCAUCCACUGAUGGGAUUGGACUUGCUAUUGUAAAGAGGUUUGCAGAAGAAGGCGCCAAAGUUGUGCUGAGCAGCAGAAAAGAGAAGAAUGUUAAAUCGGCUGUUGAACAGCUGCGAAAUACUGGACUCGAGUCUGUUUCAGGCAUAGUUUGCCAUGUUGGGAACAAGCAGGACCGGAUCAAUCUCUUCAAGCAUGCUGAGGAGAGAUUCGGCGGUGUCGACAUACUAGUGUCCAAUGCUGCCGUCAAUCCUGCAGUUGGCCCUGUCUUGGAAAGCAGCGAAGAUGUCUGGGACAAGAUCUUUGAUAUAAAUGUCAAAAGCGCUUUCAUGCUCUCGCAAGAAGCUUUGCCUUAUUUGAGAAAAAGGGGCGGCGGUUCUAUCGUGUACGUUUCUUCCAUAGCAGGCUAUCAGCCAUUUGAUAUUCUAGGUGUGUAUUCUGUAAGCAAGACAGCACUGUUGGGCUUGACAAAAGCAGCAUCUUCGGAUUUAGCCCUUGAGAAUAUCAGAGUCAACUGUGUCGCACCUGGUAUUAUAAAAACGAAAUUUUCAUCGGCUCUUCACGAAUCAGAAGAAACGCACGAAGCAUUAUUAUCACAUAUCGCAAUGAAAAGGCUGGGAAAACCAUCGGAAAUUGCGAGUACAGUUGCAUUUCUCGUUUCCGAUGAUGCUUCGUACAUAACGGGAGAAACCAUCAUCAUAUCGGGAGGAAUGGCUUCCAGGCUCUAAAUCGUAACCUUAGGAAUAAUAGAAAAUCAUCUGUGAUAGAGCAAUAGUUGAUCAAACCUAUUGGUAGAAAUUUAGAAACUGAUUUGGGAUUUUAUAUUUUGAUUUGAUUGAUUAGUUUGGAAAAUAAAAUACUGAACAUUAUGUCUAUACUAGAAGUAAGUAAAAAUAAACACAAUUACAUAAUUUUAAUAUAUUAAUAUCUACAAAAGAAAUUGUGUCUUCCUAGUACAACAUAUAAAUUUGUACACAAAAAGGUGUCCAAAAAAAAAUGUAUAUGUUUUUAACUUUUAUUAUUUUAAAAUAAACGCAUAAAAGAUU